CGCUGGAGCUGGGUGUGAAGAUGGCGGACGAGGAGGCCGAACAAGACCGUAGUUCCGAAAGCGGCGUCGCUGCAACGGUCGGGGCGCUCAGACGGCGUUUACAAGACCUGCAAGAAGUGUUGGUGCGGGACAGCAGCGGGUCUCCGGUCCAGCCCUCGUCUCAGUACUGCCAGGAGUUCUGCCGGACAUUGUUGGAGUAUGCAGGGCGUUGGAGGAUUGAGGACGAGCCUCUGCCCCUGGUGGAAGUGUACAUUGUAGCCCUGCUGAGUUACGCCCAGGCCUCUCCAUACCUGUCCCUACAGUGUGAAAAUGUCCCCCUAGUGCUGGAAAGGCUUUCUCUGAGUUUUGUGGAGCUUUUGCUCUCCCUGAAGGAGGAAGUUCCAGGUGAUUUAUGGAAAGAAUUCAAGUCAUCUGUCCAGUAUGCCCAUGCCAGGCUGCAGGAGAACGGCAUCUCUCAGCUGUCUCUUUUGUCUGCUUUGGGCCAGCACAAUGGUGUUUGGACCAACAGUGUCCUCCAAGGCCUCCUGUCCAAUGACACUUUACCGCCAGAACAAGUUCAUGAAUUUCUGGCACUGGAGGGGCCUGUCUUGUUGGAGAUGAGAGUGAAGCAUCUGAUCAAAGAGAACCAGAUGGGCAAGGCUGCGCUUCUGGCAAAGACAUGCUCUGAGUGUCCUGCCUUCGAAGGGAAGGGACUCUUCAAGCAGAUGCACCUUGUCUGUCUUUGUGCUACCUCAGAACAGGAUCACUUAAUGGAUGAACUUUCUAAGGUGGACUGCCGUGAUGCAUUAGAGAUGAUCUGCAAUCUUGAAUCAGAGGGAGACGAGAAGGCGGCUUUCAGUUUGUGCUCUGCCUUCCUGACCCGCCAGCUCCUCCAAGGAGACACUUACUGUGCUUGGGAGCUCACUCUGUUUUGGAGCAAGCUGCUGAAGCGAUUAGAGCCAUCAGAGCAGGCCUUCCUCGACCGAUGCCGGCAGAUGUCUUUACUGUCUAAAACAGUGUAUCACAUUCUCUUCCUCAUCAAGGUCAUCCAAUCGGAGCUUGACAACGCUGGACUGCCAGUGUGCAUCGAAAUGUGCAUAAGGGCUUUGCAGUUGGAAUCAAGUGAUGGGAACACAAAAGCCACUGUAUGUAAAACUAUUUCUUGUUUGCUUCCUACUGACCUGGAAGUCAAGCGAGCCUGCCAACUUACAGAGUUCCUCCUGGAGCCCACUGUGGAUUCAUAUUAUGCUGUAGAGACUCUUUACAAUGAACCGGAUCAGAAACUAGAGGAAGAGAAUAUGCCUGUCCCCAACUCGCUACGCUGUGAGCUCCUGCUGGUUUUUAAGACCCAGUGGCCUUUUGAUCCAGAAUUCUGGGACUGGAAAACACUGAAGCGUCAGUGUCUUGCGAUGAUGGGUGAAGAGGCUUCCAUAGUGUCAUCCAUUGACUUGUUGAAUGAUUGUGAAAGCCCUGGGGCUCCUGAGGAAGAGGGAGAGGGCUUCAGUCAGGAAGGGUUUAAGGAUGUCACAGACUGCUUUGUGAACACCACCAAUGAACUGAAGGAAAUAACCGACAAGAGACAGAAAAACAAAGAGCUCAAGAAAUUAAGAGAAAAAGGUUUUAUAUCUGCCAGGUUUAGAAACUGGCAGGCAUAUAUGCAGUACUGUGUGUUGUGUGACAAAGAAUUUCUAGGCCAUCGGAUUGUACGCCAUGCACAGACUCAUUUGAAAGGUGGACUGUACAGCUGCCCAAUAUGUGCUGAGACUUUUACCUCAAAAGACAUUUUGGUUCCCCAUGUAGCAUCACAUGUCAAGCAGUCAUGCAAGGAAAGGCUAACUGCAAUGAAAACAAACAAGAAAUUAGCUAACCCUAAAACAGCUGCCCCUGUUAUUGCAGCACUAAAGGCUAAGACAGAAAAUCAUAUUUUUGCUAAAGAAAAUGGUGAUUCCCAGGAUCAUAAUGAGGGGUUGACUCUCACCGUUCAGACUAGAGUUACUGGAUGUAAGACAGAAAAUGGUGAGGAAAACACAUGUCCCGUCACAAACUGUAGAAAGAGCUUCAGGUUUGUUAAAAAUCUUCUUGCACAUGUUAAAGCUCAUGGCGACAAUGAGGAGGCAAAGCGUUACCUUGAAAUGCAGAGCAAAAAGGUUAUCUGUCAGUACUGCCGUCGUCAGUUUGUAAAUGUUACCCACCUUAAUGACCACUUACAAGUCCACUGUGGUGUGAAGCCUUACAUUUGUAUACAGUUAAAUUGCAAGGCCAGUUUUCUGUCAAAUGCUGAGCUCUUAGUGCACAGGAAAGAACAUGCUGUCUUCAAGGCCAGAUGCAUGUUUCCAAAUUGUGGAAAGAUUUUUAAUCAAGCCUUUAAACUCUAUGACCACGAGGCACAGCAUUAUAAAACAUUCACUUGUAAAAUCCCGGACUGUGGAAAGGUGUUCCAUUCACAAACUCAGCUGGAUUUGCACCAAGAAGAGCACUCUGUUCAAGAGGAGGAAACCCCAGCUUCAGAGCCACAGACCUCACAAAAUCCAGAUCUUGGUCCAUCACUGAUAGAGCGAAUGCUCUCUGAUCACACUCCGCCUACACAGGAGAUUUCCAAAGACACUGAAAGCCCUUUUCACCCAGACCAUGGAGUUGUGGCACAGUCCAUUGAGAACUUGCUGACUUCUGCACAAAGACCUAUGGAAAACUUAGGACAAUAUGCAGUCAAACAUGAACUCCAUAAUGAGCCUUUUUCAGUCAGCAAGACACAGUGUUCAGAUAAUUCUGUAAUCCAGUCUAUAAAUUGUCACUCAUCUGAACCUAGUAGAAGUAGAAAUACUUCAGAUGCACAUUCUUUUGAUUACAUGAAACCAUCCCUGCAGAACCAAGUAAUACCUCCAUUUAAAGCUAAUUUAGAUGAAUUGUCACAUACCUGUCAAACAAAUGUCUUACAAGGCCAGCCACAAAUGUUCUCCAGUAAUGUGAAUACUGGCUCAAUGAGAUACAACUCUGACUGCAAUGUACCAUUACCAGAACAGCUCCAGGCCAUGUGUACAAGCAACCUGUUAACUGUAGGCCCACCACAGGACACUAUGCCAACAGCAAUGUCACAACCACUUCCACCAACAGUAACUCCUCUAGCGCCAACUGGGAAGAGGCCAGAGAACUUAAUGACAUCCUCAUCCAGUGCUGUUCCCCCUGCAGCAGAGAGAGAACGGUAUCACUGUGCAUAUGAAACUUGUACAAGGCACUACAGCUCCUACAGAAGCGUUACCAAGCACAUGAAAGCUGUCCAUCCUGAAUUCUACGAUCAGUGGAAACUUGCUCGAACAAAAAUCAAGAUUACCCACGCUGCAUUACCAAGCACACUAUCUGUUGGAAAUCCCACAUCAAUUCAGAAUCAACAGGUUAGUGCAGUCCCACAGAGGCAGAAUGUUAUUCAGCCUUCCCCUUUUACAAACAUGGUUCCAAACUCAGACUAUGCUACUCCACCAUCCCAUUCCUUGAUUAAUCCAAACCAGAAUGCUCGAGUACAAAUGGAAAAUGUCUUGAAUCCCAUUGUUCUCUCUCAGUUAAGAAGCACUCAAAAUCCAUUAAUACCUGUGCAGUCUCCAGUUGAAGCAAGUCAUAACUGGCAUUCAGCACCUGGAAAUGAGCAAAUUCAAAGCUGUGGCUCCUCCCAAGUAUAUCCAUCAAACAUGCAGCCGAUGCCACAAAUGGAUACUACUAGUGGAGCUCUGGCACUUGGUAUUCCACCUUGCUCCAUGAUGGGAUCCAGCAGACCAGCAGAGCCCCUGCAGUCACCUCUGAUGGAAAAUAGGUCUCAGUCUGUGUUGACCUCUUAUGUAGAAAGUGCAAAAGGAGUACCUCAACAAGUGGGGAGUUCUCUUCCACCAUACACCUCACAGAUGAAAAGCAAUUUGGUCUCUAAUUCUAUGGCCCCAGAAAUGACAAAGAUAAUGCAGAAUACAAAUUUUACAUCUGCAAAUACUGUAUGUCAAGCAAGCCUUAACAAUCAAUCUCAAAAUGGCGAUGUCAUUUCUAGAAAUGAACAGGAAAAUCAAAAGCGGGUAAAAAGAAGCAAAAGGACAAAGAAUCCAGCCAUUAUUAGAGAUGGCAAAUUCCUUUGUUGCAGAUGUUUUAGAGAAUUUGACAGUCCCAAAUCCCUUGGAGGCCAUUUGUCCAAGCGUUCCCACUGUAAAGCAUAUGAUGAGACAGAGUUGAACACAGACUUGCCAACAUCGUUUCUUGAUCUUCUCAAUUCAGAACAAACAGUUAAUGCCCUGCAGUCACAGUUGUCUUUUAAUCCUGUUACAGUUUAUCAGGAGAAGUCUUGUCAGUCAGCUACAAGUGAUUCAGCAGGUCCAAAAGAUUUUCCACCUCCCAGUUAUCCACAAACUAAUUUGCCGACAUAUGGACACAGUGAAUCAAAUGAUGAUAUUCUCAAACAAAUCAUGGCAGAUUCAAAUAUGGCAGAUCUGUUUGAGCAACCACCUGUUCCCCCGCCAUUGUUCCAAAACACAUGUGCGCCCUAUGGAGCAGUGGAGCGUUUGCCAGAAACCUCAGUUAUACAGCACACUGGAAAUAUCCAGGUGAAGAGGGAGGACAACUCAUACGCAGGCCAUUAUCCUCAGUCAAGUGUUGCAUUUGGCACAAGUGAUUUCACAGACCCACUUUUUUCUCAAUCCUUUCAGAAAACUCAUCUGCUGCUCUUCCUGGCAGUGUUCCGGCAGACCCUGUGACCACUGGAGGAAUCCUCAGUGAUGGCUGUUGUUCAAGGACAACCAGUCAGACACCUGAUACAAUUUCAGAUACAGUGAAGCAGGCCCUGUUAGCAGAUCCUCAGCUUAGUCCUGCAUCAACAAGUAGCAACCAGGUUGAGAUACAGAG